AUGCUUGGCAAUCAGCCAGUAGUGAUCGACAAUGGCAGCGGGUGUAUCAAGGCUGGAUUUUCGGGGGAGAAUUCACCCCAGGUCCAAAUACUCUCAGCUGUGGGCUACCCUAAGUACCGUAAAGUGAUGGAGGGUGUAGAGGGCCCAUCAGAAGUGACCAAGCCGACUAAGGGCAGCAAAGUUGGCG